AUGCAGUCCCAGCGCCUGGCCUGCUUUGGGGUUUUUGCUGCCCCAGCCUACGUGCUGCUGAGGCCUGCACCUGCCAGGCUGCUCAACUCCUCCUGCUCCUGGGAGAAGAAGACACUGCAGUGCAGCUGCUCCUUCCGUGGGGUCCCCACACCCUCUGUGCAGUGGUGGCUGCUGGGAGGCACCCCCGUGAGUGCGAGCAACACGAACGCGAGCCUGAACGUGACUUCCAUUGUGCUUGAGCCCUGGGCCAACAGCACUGUCAGACUGAGUGAGAAGCCAGCAGCAGGCUCGAGCCUUCUCUGCGAGGGGAGGAACCACAAUGGAGUCCAUGCUCUGAGCAUCCUGCUGAUGUCAGGAAGGAGCCCCUGGGCUCCCCAGCUCUUUCUGAAAGGGCUGCUCAAGGGCGUUGUCUACGGAACCCUUGCCGUCGCACUGCUCUUUCUCUGCCUCCUCCCCAUCAUAGUGAAAUACAUCAGAGUGACUCAGGCGCAGACAACCACAGCCAUCAAACCAAAGGAGCAGGCUCGAGCUAGAGCAAGCCAAGGACGCAAGAAGUCUCUGAAGCGCAAGGAAACGGGAGAAUCCAUAACGGCACCCUCCUCUGAGAGCCAGAUGCUGUGUGAGCGGACGGAGGAGCGUCCCUACACCGGCCUGGAGUCUAGAAGGCUGGCAGGAGUCUAG